UGCAUUCCCCCUUGCGUCCCCCGCCCCCCCCUAAGGACUUUCGGGAAGACGGGCGGGGGUGAUGGAGGAGGAAGGACGGUUGAGGGCGGUCGGCUAUGGUGGACGGGUGUGGGUGAUGGAGGAGGAAGAAGAGUUGGGGGUGGUUGGCUAUGGCGGACGGGAGUGGGUGAUGGAGGAAGAAGAAGGGUUGGAGGUGGUCGGCUAUGGUGGACGGGCAUGGGUGAUGGAGGGAGAAGAAGGGUUGAAGGUGGUUAGCUAUGAUGGACGGGUGUGGGUGAUGGAGGAAGAAGAGGGGUUGGAGGUGGUCGGCUAUGGUGGACGGGUGUGGGUGAUGGAGGAAGAAGAAGGGUUGGAGGUGGUUGGCUAUGGUGGACGGGUGUGGGUGAUGGAGGAGGAAGAAGGGUUGGGGGUGGUCGGCUAUGGUGGACGGGCGUGGGUGAUGGAGGAGGAAGAAGGGUUGAGGGCGGUCGGCUAUGGAGGACGGGUGUGGGUGAUGGAGGAGGAAGAAGAGUUGGGGGUGGUUGGCUACGGCGGACGGGUGCGGGUGAUGGAGGAAGAAGACGGGUUGGAGGUCAUUGGCUAUGGUGGACGAGCGUGGGUGAUGGAAGAGGAAGAAGGGUUGGGGGUGGUCGGCUAUGGUGGAUGGGCGUGGGUGAUGGAGGAGGAAGAAGGGUUGGGGGUGAUCGGCUAUGGUGGACAGGUGUGGGUGAUGGAGGAAGAAGAAGGGUUGGAGGUGGUUGGCCAUGGUGGACGGGUGUGGGUGAUGGAGGAAGAAGAAGGGUUGGAGGUGGUGGGCUAUGGUGGAGGGGUGUGGGUGAUGGAGGAAGAAGAAGGGUUGAGGGGGUCGGCUAUGGUGGACGGGCGUGGGUGAUGGGGGAAGAAGAAGGGUUGGAGGUGGUCGGCUACGGUGGACGGGUGUGGGUGAUGGAGGAGAAAGAAGGGUUGGAGGCGGUUGGCUAUUGUGG